GCCAUCAUCUCUCUAAUCUUCUUUUGAUUCUAUUUUUUCUCAUCCCCAAAAAGGCAAAAUCUCACAGUUACUUCUUUCUCUCUCUCUCUCUCUUUCUCUUCUUCUUCUUCUCUCUCUCUCUCUCUCGUCGUCACUCAUUGGCUCUGUGUAGAUCGGAAAAUGGAGCCAUGGAUUGACGAAUUAGCCGACGAUUUACAGAGUAUAAGCUUUACAUCAGCCGGAACCACCGUGAAUCGAAGCACUAGCUCCGGUUCUCGCUCUUCUUCCUCCGCCGCAGCUUUAACACCAGCACCAUCAGCUCACGGUUCAUUCUCAUCUUCAAAACUCCCUCCUUCACUCCGAUCAUCACUCUCACUCUCCGAUCUCAGAUUCCGUCUCCGUCUCGGUUCCGGCGACAUCGGUUCUGUUUUCUUAGCCGAAUUCAAAUCCCUAACCGCCGUAACGGAAACCACCGCCGUGAAAUUACCUCUGUUAGCAGCGAAAGUUAUGGAUAAAAAGGAACUCGCGAGCAGAAGCAAAGAAGGAAGAGCUAAGACGGAGAGAGAGAUUCUCGAAUCUCUUGAUCAUCCGUUUCUUCCGACGCUUUACGCCGCCAUUGAUUCGCCGAAAUGGCUCUGUUUGUUAACGGAGUUUUGUCCCGGCGGUGACCUUCAUGUUCUCCGUCAAAAACAGAAUUAUAAACGUUUCCAUGAAUCCGCCGUCAGAUUCUAUGUAUCGGAAGUGAUCGUGGCGAUUGAAUAUCUUCACAUGUUGGGGAUUGUUUACCGCGAUUUGAAGCCCGAGAACGUGCUGGUUCGAUCAGAUGGUCAUAUCAUGCUAACCGAUUUUGAUCUCUCUUUAAAAUGUGAUGAAUCGACUUCUACACCACAGAUAGUGCUGAACCGAAACAACCUUCCUAACGGCUCGUCUGACCAGAAUGAGAACCAAGGCAUGGACCACCAUCAAACCACAUCGUCCUCUUGCAUGAUCCCUAACUGUAUUGUCCCUGCUGUCUCUUGCUUCCACCCGAGAAUCCGAAGGCGCAAGAAGAAAACCGAUCACCGUAACAACGGUCCUGAGCUUGUGGCUGAACCUGUGGACGUCCGGUCCAUGUCCUUCGUUGGGACACAUGAAUACUUGGCUCCUGAGAUUGUUUCAGGAGAAGGGCACGGUAGUGCGGUCGACUGGUGGACAUUAGGGAUAUUCAUGUUCGAGCUGUUCUACGGAACAACGCCGUUCAAAGGAAUGGACCACGAGCUAACCCUUGCCAACAUCGUGGCUCGAGCCCUCGAAUUUCCGAAAGAACCAACUAUUCCAAGCGCGGCCAAGGAUCUGAUCUCUCAGCUACUGGCCAAGGAUCCUAGCCGACGGUUAGGGUCAUCUCUGGGUGCAACGGCCGUGAAACGCCAUCCAUUUUUCCAAGGAGUGAAUUGGGCAUUGCUCAUGUGUACUCGUCCUCCUUUUCUUCCUCCGCCUUUUCGCAAAGAACUUUUAUCCGAUGACAUUUGUCCGGAAACCCAUGUCGACUAUUAUUAAUAUCUUAAUUAGUACUACGUAAUUAAUUAAUUUUCUUCAG